GGUUGUUCUCUAUUGCUGCUGUAACACAGAAAUUUCCCCACUGUAGGCUCAAUAAAGUACCUACCUACCCACCUAUUUAUGAACUUGAAAUGUGAUGAUAUGCCAAUGUUGUUGCUAUCCCAAGUGGCCAAUAAAUCAUUUAUUGCAGGUUUAUAAGAUUUGUUUGUCACUUGGUUGCUACAAGUUGUGGACACUGGCAGGAAUAUAUCUUUAUGGCGCAUCACCUCCAGUGUGGUGUUAAUGUCUCGCUCUUUAUUACCACUUGAAUGAACACAAUUACACUACCAAUAGCAUUAGCCUGCAGUGUCAAACUAGAGACCUCUAUCUGCAAUACAGUACACUAUGUGUGUUGAAGAGAACAUCAUAAUACCAGUUGUUAUUUCUAUUUUAAAAAGGCAAGAAAUUGCUGAAUUAUUUGGUAUAUAAGGGUUACAUAAGGUCAGUGAUUACAACUUUCCCGUGACCUGACCAUGUACUUUGCAGUAUAGAUAUCGCUCUGUGGUGUCUACAUCAUUUAGAGGCUUUACUAGUCAAAAUCUGCAUGGCCUUCCCCACCAUCCACUGUCAUCGGUCCUUAGUGGGCCGCCAUCCUUAUCUUCACGGUGACCUUACUGUGCAGGAUGGUGUUUGCCUGGUGUGCUCAUGUCAUAUCAUCUGUUUGUGUAUUACCUCACUAAUAGCAGAGAGCAGAGUUGUGCUGAACUACUUGAUGUUGAUAAACUGAUCCUUGAUCUAUGGCACCAAGCAACUCACACCCUCCUCACUGUGACCUUGGAGCCUGUCUCUGUGUGGCAUUGCUUUACAGUGGAUCAGUAAUGCAUUCUCCAAACAGCACACACAAAAGACACACACAUUGUCACUGUGACAUGCAUUCUGUGCAUAUUUUCACUGACCUGGACACGCACGCAUACUAUACAACAGACAGGGAAACUCACUGAGGCCUGCCCCCCACACACUCAUACCACUUGCAGAGAAAGCUUUGUGCAUUCACUGACUGAGCAGCUACUGAAGAGAGAGAGAGAGAGAGGCUGGAGGGAGGAGGGAGAUGGAGACAGCAAGAGACAGAAGGAUUACAAAGAGAACCAGUCAGACAGAUAGAGAAGAAGAAGAGACAAGGCUUUGCAGAGGGAGAGAAGAAUCUCAUCUAGUAAGCGUGAACUGGUGAACAGACAGUGAGCUGGACAGGAAAGGGAAUACAGAAAUAGGAAGGGAACAAGGCUUGUCCAGCAGAGAGGAAGAGAGUGGAUUGUUCUUAAAGAAGCUAGGAGGGACUGAUGGUAUGGCAUUGAUCUCUGGGAGCUGCCAGGUCUUGGGACAGAUGGCAUCUUGCUGCUGUAGACCGCUGCUCAACUCCGCCUGCUGUGGACCCCUCAUCAAAGUCUGCCUCUCCUCUUUCACAGACAUCUCUUCAGUUGAGCUGGACGCUCUUUGGAGGGAACCACCCUACAGUCUUGGUGGAGCAAAUGAACACUUCUCAGGACAUGACAUCAUGACUCAAGGUGCAGGUGAGGAUGCAGACGGUCCCACGGUGGAGUCAGGUGAAGGAGGGCUGGAAGCAGACAGCUACUGGAAGAAGAAAGAGGCCUUCUUUAGAAGAAGUACUGUGUCACUAGGAGAAAAAUUCUCCUCAGAAAUUGUGCUGUUGUUCACUGGGCGAAGGCGCUCCACUGUGGAUCAUGAUCGAGCGCUGCAGGAGGCGCUACGUACACGACUCCGGGUGGUAGAGAGCAACAGCCAGGAUAUCAUCCAACUAUUUAAGGACUUGUCUGCACGUCUUGUGUCUGUCCAUGCCGAGAAGGAUAGCUUUGUGCUCACAUUCAAGACUGUGGAGGAAAUUUGGAAGUUUUCAACGUACCUAUCAUUGGGCUAUGUGGCUCGCUGCUUGGAGAACUUCCUGUGUGAUCAGUCCUUCUGGUUGGACCCAGAGCUCCUCAGUGACUUGGAGAUCAGUGUAACUGUGGACGAGGAACAUCUGGCCACCCUCUACCUGGGACUUUUAGUUCAGGAGGGAUCCUUCUUUGCUAAGUCACUAUACACAAGAAGUGAGCAGGAUGAAGAAGAGGAAGAACGGUUGUCAUUCAGAAAGAAUGACUUACUGAUGGUGAAGAGUACAGGGCAGGACCACAUGUGGGAGGGUGCCAUGCUCUCCACAGGAAACCAUGGCCUUGUGCCGGUCAAUGCCAUGCAGCCACUGCCCUACCCCUUCUAUCAGUGGUUCCUGAGGAAAUACCCAGGAUGUAGUGGAUGCUCACCAACAGAAAAAGAAUCGUUUGAACAUCCAUUUGUCACAGGUUCCUGUGUAGCAGUUGUUGACUACACUCCCAUGGGGGCUGAUGAGCUCCAGCUGAGCCAAGGUGACAUUGUUGAGAUCCAGGGUUUGCUAAUCCGAGGCCUGGGCGAGUUCAUAGGAAAACACACUACCACAGGACACAUAGGUUUUGUACACAAAGCCCAUGUCAAACCUCUGGACAGCAUGGCUCUAGAUGGACAAUUGGUAUUUCUGACAGAGGAGGAGAGGGCCAGACUGGCUCAGGUUAACUCAUGUAGCUCUGAGCCAAGCGACACUAGCCUGCUGGAAAGACUCUUCUCAUCCGACAUCAGCUCUGUGUACAGGCUAGAUAGACUGGAUGAGACUGACUUCAUGUACAUCAGGAAUCGGCCAAAACAUGAUCUUAAAGUUUCUACGAACACCCGUCAGAGUGUCAUGUCUGAGAAAAGUGGAGGGACACCCUCAUACCACUCAUCCCCCUGCACCUCUCUCUCUCACUCCUCUCCCCAUCUGUCCCGCUAUCAUUCCCACAAUCCUCUACCACGUGUGGGAGAGCGCCUGAGCUUCACUUCGGAUGACACGUUCAGGGAGCUAGAUGAGUUCCAGGACGAUCCAUGUCUUUUCUUGGAGGAGAACAGCUGGGAAGCAGAUGAGUCAGAGCUCAGUGACCCCACACUGACUCUGCUCAACCAUGAUCACUUCCAGGAAGACUUCCUGCCACUGUACGACCUGCAGUAUUCCUUCCUGUGGGUGACCUUCAGUGGUAAGACUGAGGACGAGCUCUCGGGGCACCUAGAGAGUGUCAGGGAGUGCGCCAAGAGGAUGGGCAUGCACUGGGCACAUCGACGGGCAUGCUUCCUCCUAGGAAGACUCUGUGCUAGGAAGCUAAAGUUCUCCCAGGCACGUGUGUACUAUGAAGAGGCUCUGAGUGUUUGUGUGGACAGUUUCUCUGACACACCACUCCUGGUUGCUCUCUUUACAAAUCUCACCGCUGUCUACCUGAAGCAACGCAUGACAGACAAGCUGCCCCAGACCUUGGAGAAGGCCAGUGCUCUGCUCCUGUGUCUUCCCAGCCACACCUUCACUUCCACAGAUGAGGUUGAACUGCUGAAGCUGCUCCUGAGGAGAUCAGUGGUGAUGGGGGACAAACACCUGGAGGCCCGUGUCUGCUACCUCAUCUCCAGCCUUUUCUUGUAUCUGAGAAAGACUGAUGACGCACUUCCCUUUGUUGAGCGACUCCAGUUUCACUCAGUGAUGCUCUCGGCUACCGAGGGGCGAUCAGUUGUUCCUUUGGACCUCAACUGGCUUUUGAGUGGGCUCUAUGAUCGUAAAUACCUGCCUCAUUUAGCACUGGCCUCUUUGAGCCUAGACUCAAGACAAGACCACUCUCUCCAGGACGCUUUCCAGAGGACUGAGUUGUUUACCAGGAACUCUGCUCGUCUCAACCCGUGCUGGAAGGACGGAACCUCUCUGCUCCCUGCGCAGAUUGUGGUUUACUUGCAGCAGGCUCUGGCUAUAGCUGAGAGGGAAGAGGACAUGAAGACCCAGAGAGACCUUUGUUUGGGCUUGGCUUCAGUCUACCAGCAAUAUAAUGCUCUAGAUAAGGCAGUUUGCUGUGCUCAGCAAGCUGUGGAGACAGGGGUCAACAUCAAUGAGGAGGAGGGUUUCGAGGCCUCUGUCCUGCUUGGGUGGCUACUGGUGUUGACAGACCGGGCUGAGAAGGCUCAGAGUGUCCUACAGCCACUGCUCACAUCACUCCAGAGCACAGACAGUCCUACACAGCGAGGAGUGAUCCACAACCUUUUGGCUUUGUGUCUGAGGCAGCAGAGUCGCAUACCAGAGGCAGGUUGGCAUCUCCACUCGGCCUUGGUAAUCUCCAGAGAGAGCGGUAACCAGAGGAACCAGGCCCUGGCACUGGCCAACCUGGGCUGUCUGGCACUUGAUGUAGGGGCAUCUUUGGUAGCAGAACGCUUCCUGGUCAGAUCGCUGCAUCUUUUUUUGGAGCUCUGGGAAAACCACACUGAUGAGGAGCAUGUUCAGACCUACCUUUGGCUAGGGAGGAGCUACAAAGACAGAGGGAGCAGUCAGGACAUCAGGACGUGUUAUGAAAUGGGGUUACUUAUUGCACUUCAUGCCAGAAACUUGCACAGUCAGAUGGUGGUGGCCAAGGUGCUGAGUCGACUCUAUGAUGACAUGCUGCUGUAUGCUCAGAGUAUUGUGUACUAUGAACACUGCGUGGCAGUAUCCAGAGAGCUGAAGGACAAGAGACUGGAGGGAGAGUACCUGGAAAUCCUCAGCAGCCUGUAUCUUUCACUCAACACUGAGAGAUCAUCUCGUAAGUCUCUGGACUACACCAAGCAGAGCCUGAGGAUUUCUAUUGAUUUGGGCAAGAGAGAAGAAGAGUCAGAGACUUGGCUUCAAGUGGGGCGCAUUUAUUAUCUCAUCCAGGAGGAUGAGCUGGCUGAUAUGUACCUGCAGGCAGCAGUGAAGACUGCCCUGAGGAUGAAUGACCCUCACUUUGCCAUGAGCAUCUAUGAGGAGGCAGGAGAUGUUUACUUUAAAGGCCACAGGAACCGAAUAGCUUCACUGCCUUUCUACAGGGAUGGCAGUUUGCCAUUUGCCCGCAGCAUUAAAGACAUCCAUUCAGAGUUUCGUUUGUUGAGUAAACUGACAGAGCUGUUGAUGAACCAGGGAGAACAGGAGGAGGCACUGCAAUAUGCAACGCUGGCUGUUCAGAUUGCCAGCAAAACAGGUGUGCGUGAGAAUGAGAGGACAGCCUACCACAGACUAGCUACAGUCUACUACAGCCUACAGCAGUAUGAGAUGGCAGAAAACUACUACAUCAAGUCCCUGUCUCUGUGUCCACCCAUCCUGCAGCACCCCAUGGAGGCUCGCUACUACGCUAAGGUCUACUGCAGACUGGGAAAUUUCACUCUACACAAACUCAAGGAUGCUUUUGAUGCAGUGGGCUACUUCCAGUUGGCCCUGGCAGCGGCCCUGGAGGACCAAGCUAACCCUGAGGCUCUGUAUGUGGUCUACAUGAAGCUAGCAGAGAUCCAUGGCAACCACUUGCCCGACGCUCAGCUGUGCCAAGUUUACAGAGACAGAGCCCAGAGUCUGAAGAGAGUUCUGGCUAGAGAGGAAGGCACCGCUGCUGGAGUGGAAAACAUAGACAAUGCAGACACAGAGCAUGGCCAAAAGAAGGAAGGGGACUCAGACACUGAUAUGGGACAUACAGAAAAGCAAAAUGGCAUCUCUGAUUCAAUACCUGAAAAUAAAAUGUAUGACGGCGGGUCAGCUCCCAGGACUAGUAUGAUCCAUGUAGGCUCAGACUGUAAAUGUACAGACACUAUUGUGAAAGAGGAUCCCAAUCUACAUCUUCCUGAUACAGAUGGUCCUUAUGUGGACGCAGCUGGGUCUGAGACAGACAUCCACGCCCGUCACUCAUGCAGUGACAGUGUUGUCACUGAGUCCUUUGAUACAGCGAAGGAGCACAUCUCAGAUUUCAGCACCUCCAGUGACACUUUACAAAUGUACCACAAUUCAACAGAUAAGAAGGACUCAAACUUUGAUUCUGAUCACAGCGUUCCUGGACAAAUACCAAAUAACAUCACAAGACACACAGACACCAAAGGCACUGAUUCUGAUAUUCACUAUGAACAAAACAUCCCAGUUAAAGAAACAGAUGCCGAAGUGGAUUCUGGUCAAAAAGAUGUCAGUCUUGAGGACAAUCAGUCUGAUAAUGACCACAGACAGAAAUAAAAACUGUAGACAUAAAUACUGAUAAAGCUUUAAGUGUGGACCACACUUAAAGAGACCACACAGAAACUGCUGAGAGACACAGUGAACUUAUGGACUUAGGUGAUGUCUACACAUAGUAGCAUUUUACGUUCUUCUCUGUCAUUUCCUUGGUCUGGUCACAUAUGUCUUGACCAGCAAACCGACUGUAACGUUCCAGCCACAAAGGCACUUACUGUAAGACAGAUGAUGUCAAUACUGUAAAGUUAUAAGAGACUGAGUAAAUUCAAAGCAUGUGCCUUCUGUAUAAUAUAUAAUGUGAUUAUUACAGUGUGUUGUGCUUGUAAUAUGUUUUCUAAUUUUUUUUGUAUUGCUGGAAGAUAUGACAUAAAGGAUGUUAUUUUGUUUGCUGAGUAUUUAUUGUGUGCAUUUGUAGAUUUGAAUAGAAGAGAUGUGGACUGGACAAAACACACAAACCAGAACACAUGAUGAAUCUCACAUGAAUUUCAGAAAAAGCACUCAUUUACUUUCUAUUUAGAACCUUUACCUCAAAGAAACAUGGUAAGGCGUCAAAGCAAAACUACUCAAUUAUAUUUAAGAUUCAUUACAUUCAAAAUCUGGCCUAAGUUCAAGUAGAGAAGUCAUAUCAGCAGCACUGACAGUAAGAAAAAUGCAUUUAUAUUAUCAUAAACAAAAGUACUCACUGUGCAGCACAGACUCAAGCCUACAAUUGCACAACUCUCUAGGAAUUUUCCAGGUAAGAUAAUGUAGCACUAAUUAAAAAAAAAUUAUUCCUGAAAGAAA